CGCGAUCGCGCAGCUUCUUCUGCGCAUGCGCAGCAUCGGAAGGAGAACUGUCGAGGUCGAACUGGAGGAUUUCUACAAUCCCUGACCAAAACAAGACAAACAUGCCUGCAGACUAUGAUAAAGAUGCCUACCCGGAGCCUCCUCGGAAGACCCCCGUGGUGGAUAAACAAACGGCGUUGCCAAACCCGGCCCUGAUCUUCACUAAACUCUUCUACUACACCGUGGAUGUGCCUGUCACCACAUUCAGAGAUGUCAUCGAUAGCGUUCGGUCCAAAAACAAGAUUGUGUACUACCACCAGAAGUUCCGCCGUGUCCCUGACCUGACUGAGUGCGAGGAGGGAGAUUUCACCUGCUACUACGAGGCGGAGAUGCAAUGGAGGAGAGACUUUAAAGUUGAUCAGGAGAUCGUGAAGGUGGUUCAGGAACGUCUGAAAGCCUGUGAGCAGAGAGAGGGAAACAGCAGCUUGCAAAACUGUGCCAAAGAAAUACAGCAGUUUAACGAGGUGACCAAGAACUACCAGUUGCGCUAUGGAGACUUGGGAGCGUACGCCAGUGCAAGAAAGUGUUUGAUGAAGCAGAAAGAGCGCAUGAUGGCAGCUCAGGCCCAGAGCGCUUAAGAUCACUUCUCUGAUGUCCUAUGUAAUAAUUGUAAAAUAAAGUUUGUGA